AUGACCUCUACUAAUCUUGAGGUGGUUUGCUCAAAUGUGUGCGGGUGCAAAGCAUAUCCACGAGAAACGGGUUCUGCACAUAGACUUGAAAUCCAAGAUAAUGGGACAAUCAAGCUCGGGGACUUUGGAUCGGCGUGUAUUCUGAACAGCUCGAAGGCUUACGCUCAAACUUACGUUGGGACGCCAUAUUACGUGGCUCCUGAAAUCUGGGACAAUAAGCCAUACAACAAUAAGAGUGAUGUGUGGUCUCUGGGCUGUGUUCUCUACGAGCUCUGCCCCCUGCGACACCCGUUCCAGGCAACCAGCUGGAAGAGUCUGAUUCUGAAGGUGUGCCGGGGCGCGUACCCCCCCCUCCCCGAGCACCUGCCCUACGAGCUGCGGUAUUUGGUGAAGCACAUGUUCAAGACCAACCCGAAGGACCGGCCGUCCCUGCAAACCAUCCUGACCUCUCACCGGGUCUCCAAACUCCUGCGCUCACAUUCCCCCUCCCAGGUGAUGGAGGCGGAGGAGCAGGGCAGGCGGUCGUGCCGAUGGAACAGAGAGGAGGGGAAGAAGGUGGCUCAACUUCUGGGGGAGAAAAGUUUAAUAAUAACGUCAACAUUUGAAGAGACUUCGAGGAAGAGUCUCUGUGUAACUGGAUCGAGGAAGUUGAAAGAAUGUUUUCAGAGCACUGAAGCCUCGCUGCUUCCUCGGCUCACACGAUCACAGCACAUUAUUACUGCCUACAAUGGUUCUCAUCAAGUUUUAAUUUAUUAAGUUUACAAGAAAUCCAGUUAAGCUCAUGCAGCAACAGUGAGACACCAUGUUGCUUUUGGGGAUGUUUGUAUGUUUCAAGCAGAUUCUUUGCCCUUGAUCCCUUUUUAUAAAAACAUAAACAUUUUAA